CUUUUUUCCCCAAGCACAGCAACGACCAUGACGUGGACGACGUACUUUGGCGCCGAACUCCAGACCAAGGACGGCGUGCUCCCAACGGAACAAGUCCUUGGCGGCAAGAAAUACGUUGGCAUCUACUUUUCGGCGCACUGGUGCCCGCCUUGCCGCGGCUUCACCCCGCUCUUGAGCGACGCAUACGACCAAUUUGUCGACGACGAUAUCAAGGACGUUGCGAUUGUGUUUGUGUCGUCGGACAAAGACGACGCAUCGUUUGACGAAUACUACGGGGAAAUGCCUUUCUACGCCUUGCCUUUCAAGAACCGCGAGCAAAAGGAUGUGUUGGCGAAGCAACUGUUUGAAGUCAAGACGAUCCCGACCCUUGUGUUCUUGGACGCCGCCGGCAAGAUUGUCACCAAGGACGGACGUCAGCUCGUCACGGAUGCCCGUGGUAGCCCCGCUCGCAUCUUGGCCGCCCUCGACGCCGCCGCCGCCGCCAACCACGCCCAACCUUAAUCCAUAACGCUCGAUACAAUGUUUUGAACCAUUUCAUGGUGGUGUACACCAGGUCAUUUCAGAUGUGCACGUGUGACCGGCAUGAUCGUGCUUCGGCUGACGCACGGCAUCCCCAAAAACAAUGGAAUCGAUCUCAUGCUGUCGCCCCCCGAUCGUCGUGCAGUUUGAGCAACUUGAGACGAUUUCCCAGCGACAACAGCGACGACGGCAGCCCUUCCUUCUGAGAAGAUAUCUUGGUCCUUGAACGCGAUGGUUGACGG